UGAAACGCAUGCGCAUAGAGAUCGUGACGACCAAGAUGGCGGCCGGAGAGGCUGUCACUUCUCGGAGAAGUUAAAUCUAUGAUCUUAAAAGCAAACAUAGCUAUACAUUCAUCAAAGAUUCAUUUUGUUACUAAAGCCCAAAAAGCGAAAGUUGAGUUUGGAGCGAUGGAGUGUGAUCUGGAGUGAAGAUUGAAGACUUGAUAGAAGAUGGACGACUACUGCUAUGCUAACAAGAUGGCUAAAAGAGAAUCACCAACGGAGAAAAAGAUGAACAUUGCAGAUAAAGACGUCCAGCAGCUGACUGGUCAUCCAGAAGAACUUCUCCCCCAGUCGCCGCAGAGGAUCUCCACUUUGAUGCAGGAGGAUCCACAGCCCCCCUACAUUAAAGAGGAAGAGGAGGAACUCUCGAUCACUCCGGAGGGAGAGUGUCUUCUAGGACCACAGGAAGCUGGUCUCACCAAGUUGCCACUGACUGUCGUCUCUGUGAAGACUGAAGACGAGGAAGAGAAACCACAACCGGACAAACUCUCAGCUCCACAAUCAGAUAGUGAGGAUGAGGAUGAAGUUCAAGAACCUUUGAGCAGCGAUACAGACUGUGAAGAUGUCCAGCAGCUGAUUGGUCAUCCAGAAGAACUUCUCUCUCAGUCGGGGUGGAUCUAUGCUCUGAAGCAGGAGGCUUCACAGCCCCCCAACUUUAAUGAGGAAAAGGAGGAUCUUUGGAUCACUCAGGAGGGAGGUGAUCUCGUCACGUUGCCACUGACUGUUGUUUCUGUGAAGACUGAAGAUGAUGAAGAGAAACCACAACCAGACAACCUCUUAGCGCCACUAUCAGAUAGUGAGGCUGAAGACGAAGUUGAAGAACCUUUGAGCAGCGAUACAGACUGUGAAGGUGAUAUGAGGACUCACACUGACAACAAACACUCAAAAUGCGCUAAAAAAAACAGAGAUAAAACACGUUUGAGGUGCUCAGUUUGUGCAAAAAGCUUUUCUAAAAAGAGCCAUUUGACUGAACACAUGAGAACACAUACCGGAGAAAAGCCAUUUAAUUGUUCAGUUUGCAAUAAAAGCUGUUCUCUAAAGGGCAAUUUGACUCAACACAUGAGAAUGCACACAGGAGAAAGACCAUUUAGUUGUUCAGUUUGUGGGAAAAGCUUUCCUCUAAAGACCCAUUUGACUCAACACAUGAGAACGCACACAGGAGAGAAACCGUUCAUGUGUUCAGUCUGUGGUAAACUUUUUACUUUAAAGGGCAGUUUGACCCUACACAUGAGAAAGCACACGGGAGAAAAUCCAUUUAAUUGUUCAGUUUGUGGUAAGAACUUUUCUGUAAAGGGCAGUUUUACUCAACACAUGAGAACACACACUGGAGAAAAACCAUUUCAUUGUUCUAUGUGCAGUAAAAGCUUCUACACGCGACGAGGUUUGACUCUACACAUCAUGAAACACACCGGACAAAAUCCAUUUAGUUGUUCAUUUUGUGGUACAAGCUUUUCUCAAAAGAGCCAAAUGACGCAGCACUUAAGAACGCACACCGGAGAAAAACCAUUUAAUUGUGUAGUUUGUGAUAAAAGCUUCUCUCAAAAGGGCAGUUUGACCAAACACAGCAGACUACACACAGAAGUAAAACCUUUUUGUUGCUCAGUUUGCGGGAAAAGCUUUUAUACCAAACAAGGCUUGACUAGACACAAAAGAACUCACACGGGAGAAAAACAAUUCAAAUGUUCAGUCUGUGCUACGAGCUACAGUCGACAGAGUCAUUUGUCUUAUCACAUGAGAAUGCACAGCAGUAACAACAUUUAGUCAUUCAGCUUGUGGCCAAAUAUUCCAUCUUAAUGCAAACAUGAGAAGACACAAAAGAACACAUACAUCCAUCCAUCCAUUUGCUACCGCUUGUCCCUUACGGGGUCGCUGGAGCCUAUCUCAGCUGCAUUCGGGCAGAAGGCGGGGUACACCCUGGAGAAAAAAAGUACAAGUUUGUGGCUAAGCUGUAUGUAUUUAAAUGUGGGUCCACAGAUGAAGCAUUAAUCCAUGAAAGACAUGCUGGACUUAUUCAUGCAUCAAUAAGUUACCUAUUUAGUGGAUGUAAACAAGUGCUCUAUGAUACUGUUUGCUUGUGUUGUCAGGUAACUAACUGUCUUAUAACAUAUAAAUAUUAUGCUGUCAUCUAUGAAUCAUGUAUGCCGUUGUUUUAAUGGUGUAAAGUUCAUGUUUGGUCUCAAUGUUUAGUUCAAUGUAUCUACUUUUCUGUUGUUCAGCAAUGUUUAGUUUCCAAUAAUAUUUAGCGGGAUACAGUAUGUCUUUCUUUCCAUUGUCAUCUCAACAUAAACGCUGCACACAAAUCCAUCCAUGUGGAAGUUUUCCUACAUUUUUCACAAUUUUUAAGUGGAAGCAGGACAUGUCCGUAAAAAAAUGUGUGGACAUUCUUCGACGUAAUCAAUCAAUAUGCUGGCAUCACAAUAAUAAGUCAAUAUCCGUUUGAUUAAUCAUGGCAAUAGUUGUCGUCUUCUAACUGCAAGAUUUUAAGUCGCCGUCAUUUGGGCCUCGAGGUACGAACUUUUUUAUUCUUCAUCUGAAUAAUAAUUGUCAGGGAUGUUCCAUGUAAUAUUUUUAAAUGGAGUUAUUACAGUCUUUGAAGACUGUUUGCACUGAUGAAAUGGUCCCCAAAGCCUUACACUCUCAAUUUGUAUUAUACAUUUGUGACUGACCAAAUCAAAUGCCUGAUAAUAAUCAACAAAACGAGGCUGUU